AUGAUUCAAUACGCCAUUUGCUGCACAUGCUGCUGUGUGACCCUCAACAUCGGGCUGGGCUUCGCCCUGUGGGCUUCGGGUGUGUUUCUAAGCAAAGCCAAGGCAUGGGAAGUGCACACCGCUUGGCGUCAGACAGAGUGCAAGGUCUUGGUGGCUGGUGUCAGCUGCGUAGAUGACGAAAGUAGGAGCACCUGUGGAGGCUACAAAGCCGGCCAAAUGCCAACACAAGACGUCCCAGUCUUCCUCACUGAGCAGAUUGCGGUGUGUCCGGGGACCUAUUGGUGCUCCAAGGAGGGGGAGGAGUGCAACUGUACCGGCGAGAUCACCUUCAGUGCGGAGCUCUUCGACGGCUAUGUCUACACCGUGCCCGCCGUGGAGCAGUCCUAUAAGGUGCAAUCCAAAGGCACGUGGAAGUGCGGCACAAAUCAAGCGGGGCAGCCCUACAAGGUCGAUCCAGCACCUUGGCGUGUGAAGCAUUGCUGGUGCACGCCAGAAGGCAUUCAAGAAGUGAUGCAGCCCUUCGGAAACAACUUGCACAAGAAAGAGUGCUCCGAAGCAGCGAACUUCGACUUUGAAGAGGCCUCCGAGAGGCGCCUGGCCACAGCCAAGGCGCGGCGCCUCUUCCAACGUGUGCGCGAGCGCAUAGUGGCGGCGACUGCGGCGCCGCAGCGGCAGCUGCACGAUUCUCGAAGGCGGCGCACCUAUCGCUACACACCCUGGGCGCUGGUCACAGUGGAGGAUGGUGACUGGGUGGGGGACACCGAUGAGACGGCCACAAAGCCGAUCGUUUGCGCCUACGAGUACGGGGUUCCUCAAGCCUCUGGGCAGUUUUACCACGGCGAUGGGCCCUACAGUGGCGGUGUGUGGGAUGCGGAGAAUGUGGCGAAGAACUGGGGCAACCUGGUUUGUACCAUGUUUUGUCCUGACCGAUCGCAUUGGCGGUGUUUUGCGGGCAGUCUUGUUCCGCCGGGUUGA